AGCCCGACUCGCCUCGCCUCGCCUCGCCUCGCCGUCUCUGCCUCCUCUCCGCGAACCACCACCGCGCCCAGACAGCAGGCCCUCACCGUACUCUACUCCCGGCGGCUUGCAGCUGCUCUCUGCUUGUCGCGCGCUCGGCUCCCGCAACCGCCGCUCAAUCUCUUCCCGUGGGACCUGCAGAUUCUGUUGUUUGUCUGGCCGGCGUCGUCCGUUUCCCGGGUGCGACAAGAGAAUCGGAGGGCCCGCGUGCUCGGAGCUACGAAGGCUUCGCCGCAGCGGAGCCUCGCCUGCAUGGAGACUAAGAUGGAGUCACUUGAACUCAAAGACAAUGGUGAAAACCAACCAUCUUUAGAAGCUUCUAUUGCUUCAGAUGUGAUAUAUGACAAAGCACCUGUAUGUCCACGCAUUGGAAGUGAAUACCAGGCAGAAAUCCCCAAUCUGUCCACAGAGGUUGAGCGCCAUCGGCUCAUGACCAGCACACCAGAAAGCAUCGUACUUGGUUAUGAUUACCCUGGUAUGAUUGGGUUAGCUAUACCAAUCAUGUGGGUACCAAGUGAAGUCCAUAAGGAGGACGAUUCACGAAGGCAGCAUUCUUCAGAAUCCGAAGCAAGAGCUAGCGACCAAGGCGAGGAUAGUCAGGUGACCUCAAUUUAUCCAAUCAGAAAUAAUACAAAUGCCCAUGAUUCAACAUACCAGGAUCAACAUUCAAUGCUGUCUGUUAAUCAGAUAGAAUCUUGCAUCAAUCAAGCACAUGAUGAGAACUUGGCUCCAUUCUCUACUCAAGAAGGUCCGGGUUUUACCAAUAAGUUGUUGACCCAACAAGGGGAAAUCGAGCAAUUUACUCCACUGCCCGGUUUGCCCAGUUCGCUUUGGAGUGCUACUGAGGCAGAAUGUUUUCUUCUCGGGCUCUACAUUUUCGGCAAAAAUCUAAGCCUCUUGAGCAGGUUUCUUGGUAAUAAGACCGUUGGGGAUGUACUCUCAUACUACUAUGGAAUAUUCUACAAAAGAAAUGCUUAUAAAAGAUGGUCGGACUGCAGAAAAGCAAGAACUACGAGAUGCAUUAUUGGGGAACGCAUCUUUACAGGUUGGCGGCAGCAGGAGAUUAUAUCUCGUUUGAAAUCUGUAAUCCUCGAAGGAGUUCAUGAUUCAUUGGUCGAGAUUUUCAAAUCUUUCAACGCCGGACAAGCAUCUUUAGAGGAUCUUGUCUUUGCUAUAAAAUCCUCUGUUGGAACAGAAGCUUUUGUGGAGGCUGUUGGAAUUGGUAAAGGGAAGCAUGAUUUGACUGGAUAUGUUCUGGACCGAUCUAAACCAAACCAAGCUCCUUCUGUUUACCCUGACAUGCCUACAGGCAAAGAUUGUUCCUUGCUUGCUUCGGAAGAUAUAAUUAAGUUCUUAACAGGUGGUUUCAGAAUAAGCAAGACAAGAUCUAAUGAACUUUUCUGGGAAGCUGUCUGGCCCCGUUUGCUUGCAAGAGGGUGGCGUUCAGAGCAGUCAAAAGAUGUCAGAACAACUAAGAAUUGCCUUGUGUUUCUUGUGCCAGGUAUCAAAAAAAUCUCGAGAAGGAAACUCACUAAAGGCACUCAUUAUUUUGAUUCUGUCAGCGAUGUUCUUAAGCGAGUUGCGGCGGAUCCCGUUCUUCUUGAGGUAGAAGUUGGCGGAGCGGACAAUGGUGUUACUGCUGAGCAGUGUGGAUAUGCUACAGACAUGAGUCUGAACCAUGAUGGUCCUUUGGAUGGAUAUCAGGAGCUUCCAAAGUUCACAAUUAUCGAUACUACCUUGGUCCAAGGGGAAGAGCCCUUCAGAGUCAGAGAGCUGAGGAAAUUACCACCUGAUGUAAAUGUCCAUUUUGGUCCUUCACGUCAUUCUUAUAAUACUGUGAGUGUCAGUUCCUCAGAGGAGCAAGAUGCGGAAGAUCAAUCAUCAGAUGACCAGGCAGAUUGUCGACAAGUUACAGCUGAUGUGAAUGAUGCCGAAAUAGUUUCAGUAUGCCAUGCAGGCAAAGAAAACCAAGUCAAUUCAUUGCAAAACAUGUUGGCUGCACCAUCGUCGAGUUUUCCAGUCAAUGGCCAUUCUUCUAAUGGCAGUACUGAAAAAACUGAUAUGACAUGCCUCUUUGGUCCCAAAACAAAAACUGAAAGACUCGAGUAUUUAACCCCAGUGUCAAAGCACAGAAGCUUACCCAGCUGUAGCAAUGAUCGGACCAGUCAGCACAGCUUUUCUUUCUCGAAAGGACAUGGUUUAGAGAGAAAGAAAAUCAAGCCGCUGUGGACUUCAACAAAACCAACUGCAGCUGAUGUCAGUGACAAUUUUCGGACUAAAAUAAUUGCGAGAUAUUCCACGAAGGAGAAGCCAUGCGAGCAGAUAACGGUUGCAUCAAACUCUUGUACCACUGACAGAUCAAACGAGAAGGUGAAUGUGUCCAGUUUAAAUGAGGACAAGUCAUCUGAGUGCAAGGUCGAGGUGGUGCCUAAAGUUUGUUCAAAGAUCAGAACCGCUGAGGCGAAAGUUGCCAAAGAAGGGGCGCAGGUUACCAGUUUGGUUAAACCGGAGACAUCACUAGAUCAUAAGAUAAGCACGAGGGUAUGUGUCGCUUCAUCAGACGAUCAUGGUUACAUGAAGGCUGAGGAAGGCCUUGCCGUUUCAAACAGCGAUUGUGUCCAUGAUGUUUCAGAGGCAACAGGACAACCUGCUAGCCUGCAACCUGAUCUGGCUUCACAGGUGAAGUCUCGGAGGCAUGGAACCAGGAACAGACCUCCGACUGCAAAAGCUUUGGAAGCACUUGCCUUGGGGUUCCUUGGAGGAAAGCGUAAAGGUGAACCCAAAAACCCUGGGACAAGCAGGCCCCCCCAGAGAGCUCGCAAAUCCUUGGUUUGUACGCCUACAAGCAGUGACACAGACAAGUCCAGCAUGGAGGUUGAUUUGCAACAGUGAACAGAUUGUUACGUGUUUCUUGGUGCAAAAAAGGGCACUAUAUUGACAUUGUGGAUGAUCAAUAUCAAGUGGAACAUUAAUUAGGUCUUCAACUUCAACUAGACUUGACGCGAGUUGUCUGCAUCGAUCUUCCCUUAUGAGGCACCUUGCACUUUGUGAUUCGUAAUAUUUACAAUGCAGUGGCCAACUGGUGGAGUAGCUUAUUAAGUUGUAUGCCUGUGAAGUCUUUGCAAAACGCAACUUGGUACUCAAUUUAUUAUGGAUUGGACGGAGUAGUAACCAAUUUAUUACUCCCUCCGUCCCAAAAUAAGUGUCUCAACUUUGUACUAAAUCCAUCUACGUGUAUAAGUCAUCUUAGGUUGUGCACCUAGACGGAGGGAGUACUAAAGUUAGUACAAAGUUGAGAAACUUAUUUUGGGAUGGAGGAAAGUAUGGGCUUACAUGAUAUACAUGUCCCAUGAUGCUUUGGUUGAUAACU